AUGACCUUCACAAGCACCUUCUUCAUCCUUUCUGUUAACAUUUCCCGCAUUCCAGCCUACAGGUACAUGUUCGUAACGCUCCUCUUGCUGCAGUCCUCAUUCAUCAUUGUUGCUUUCCUAGUGUUCAGUGCUGAGACUCAACGCCAGUUAAAUUAUGCUUGGUACAAGUUCAUUGGUCUGACAGGAGCUGAUGAUGUUCAAACGUUUGCUAGGAAGUGCUAUAAAUCAAAGAAGCGUGGUGGGCAGGAGAAGCCGCACAGCAGCGACGAAUUGAACCGCAAGAGGGACGGUGAUGAGUUGACGACGCAUGCAGACGCUGAUGGCGAUAAUGAGGAAUGUGUUUCGCAUCAGCAGCUAGAUAAGGAAGAUGGAUACCUGAAACAUGUAGUUGAUGUUCAUGACGACAGUCAACUUCAACGUCGUCGUCAUCGUCAGCCACAAUCUCCUCCUCUUCCUCCUCCUCCUCCGCAGCAGCAGCAGCAACAUCGUCAUCGUGGUCAUCGUCAUCAUCAUCAUCAACAACAACAACAACAAUUGAACCUUGCAGAAUCAGAAGAUAGUGAUUUGUCAGUUGUUGACGGACAUUUUUACCAGGACUUCACUUCAAGUGACGACGACGAUGAAGAUGCUGAUGAAUUUGAAAGUGACCGAGCUUAUGGAAAUGACGAUGACUCGCCAUGGAAUGUUCAAGAACAUAUAUACAGUGAGCCAGCUGAUGUCGACAUCAACGAUUCCAAGCAACCUGAAGAAAAUCAUGUCCACCGGGAAAUAGACUCCAACAUUUGCAGCCACAUUAGCAGCACAAACCACAGCGACCAACAAACUGCCGACACCGUCGCCUCGACAUCUGCUGCUGCUGCAACACCAUGCACCACUGCCACAACUAGCGCAAGUUGCAAAAGAUCUCUUCCACCUUCUCUUCCUCAUCCACCAGUCAUUCAGUCCGGAGAUUCGUCAUCCUCAUCUGCAUCUCAGUUAAUAGAUGAAAGAAGAAC